CGCCGCGCGCGCCGAUCCAGGCGGCCGUGUUGCGAGCAAAUCUCUUGUCAGCGUGUGCCAGGGUGUGGUCGUCUCUAUCGCCACCAUGCCCGAACACAGGCGUCGAGCUCUCCACCGAGUGUGCGACUCGGUAAGAGGCGUGAAUUGGCGCCCGACGCGUUUCGCGGACGAGUCAACGUUGAAUCGUUACGCCUGCUGCGUCUGCCACGUGAUUCCAAUAACGACGGUCCUGCUGCCCUGUUCUCACGCCCUGUGCGCGCAGUGCCGGGCAGGUUCUGUCGUACAAGAUGGCGGAAACGUCUGCCCCCUGGACGGAGAGCCCUUCUGUGAAGAUAAGUGCCAGCAUCUGCAUCUUCGCGAUGACAAGAAGAGGAACCUGAAGGCUUACUGCUGGAACGAAGUCCAUGGCUGCGAUUUUGUGGGUCCCUUGGCGGCGCUUCUGCGUCACUUCGAGGAAGAGUGCGCCUUCCACGCGUUCCCGUGUCAGCAGUGCGGCGAGCUCGUCCCGCACAGUUAGCUAGCAGCCCACUACAUCGGCGGGUGCAGCAAACGUUCAGUGGCGACGCUCGCUCAGGCAUCGCGACCAGGUGGCGCAGCCGUCGCUACCGAUGUCGUCGGGGCGGAUAGGGGAGACAUCGAGCAGCCAUCGAGAAGGGCGUACGAAGAAGAGAUCCCGGGGCUUCAGAGCCGGGUGAACGAACUGACGGAGGCGUGCCGAAUCCAAGGCGCCCAGCUGCGCGAUUUAAACGCUGCGCUGGCGGCCAGUCUUCAAACUAUGAACGCCAACGUUGUCCUGGCCGCCGAGAAAUUCUCGCAAGCGAUUGGGGAGGCCUCACAGCUGCACGAGCGCAUGCUGACCUCGAAAGCACCGGAUAGUUCACGGGUGCGAGAGUGCGACGUGGCGGCCGGAGCUGGUUCCUUUGACGAAAAGGCGCCGUGGUGCGAGGAGAAGUGCAUCCUUCGGGACUUAUGUGCCUCAGUUGACAGUUGUAAGUUUUUUCUCGAUGACAUAAAAUAUUUCCAGAGCGUACCACUCCCCCGGACCCGGAGACCAGAGUUGACCCUGGUCCCACGAGCACUGGAUGAGCCGACUGCCGGGUCUGGAGAAUCUUGCUCGGCAAGCUGUGGAAAUGUUGAUGAAAUACUUUAUUGGAUGCUUUUAUCAAGCACGGAAGAGCUUCCGAUAGCAGGAAAUCCUGUCAGACUGUUCUCUCAUUUGCUUGGACGAGAUACAUGGCUCAGUAUUAAGGUCGACCGACGAAGUGGAUACGGCAUUGUGGUCAAUUUCAGUUGGGGGGAAAAACAAAUAAAUACGAAUAGUUUUCCAGACAUUGUUAGGGUUAAGGCACUGCACGGGAGGGGUUCUGUCGACCUAACAAGAGAACCAUAUCAUUACGAAGAAUGGCGGCAAAUAUAUGUCCUUACACAGUAUACGAGGUGCGAAAUAGACCAGCAUCUCUUAUUUGAAAUAGCCAUAAAAUUCUGAGGGACGGCGUCCGAUUAAGUUAGUCACGAUUGAACGGUUCUUCGACGAAAUGGAGUCCCAUGAAAUUGAGCGCCCGUUUUAAUUUAAAUUACACUUCGCUGAAUAAGACGACACCAUUUACUGUGUGUUCAAAGACCUUGAGAUGCA